AUGACUAAUAGAGAGGAUUUCAUCAAUUUUUCCGGUUUUACCCAACCGGGCCGUCUCAGCCUUCCUAGGGCAUCAACCUCAAGCUUAAGCUCAGUCUCCGGAGAUGUCAACGCGCAAGGAGGCCUGCUGCCGAUCGCCAACAUCGGGCGAAUCAUGAAGGGCGUGCUGCCGCCGGAGGCCAAGGUGUCAAAGAGCGCCAAGGAGACGAUGCAGGAGUGCGCCACGGAGUUCAUCGGCUUCGUCACCGGCGAGGCCUCGGAGCGGUGCCGGCGGGAGAGGCGCAAGACGAUGAACGGCGACGACAUCUGCCAUGCCAUGAAGAGCCUCGGCCUCGACCACUACGCCGGCGCCAUGCACAGGUACCUCCAGAGGUAUCGCGAGGGCGAGGAGCUCGCGGCGGCGCUCAAAAACAGCAUUAGGGCGCCGCCGGCCGAUGACGACAUGAUCCAGAUAGACGUCAGGGCGCAGCUGUCCAUCUCUAGGGGCCAAGAAAAGCAUGGUACGAAUUGA